CACAUGACUGGGAAGAGCAAACUGGACCAUCUGAUAUCAUUUACAAAGGGGGGAGCGGUUCGAUUCCGGAAGUACGCGUGCGUUUCCUGGAAAAGGAGGUGGGCUUCUUGAGUCCGGUCAUGAACUUUGCUCGGGUAGUCUUCAUACUGUUUUGUAGGUAGCACGCUAAUUUAGUGUGGCGUCCGAGCCUCCAAUUGGAUUGCGGAAGUGCGCAUGCGCUUCCUGGAGUCCCUUAAGAACUUUGCUCGGGUAGUCUGCAUGCUGUUUAAGUAAUGUGGCAUGCUCUUUAGUAUAGUGAGCAUAUUAUACAUAUACAGUACGGAUCUCGAGCCCCCACCAUGAGCACGUGUUCAGUCUCCAAGGAAGGAAGGAAAUGGCCUUCAAGUUGAUCCUGACUUAUGGCAACCCUACGAAUAGGGUUUUCAUGGGCUGCUUUGUGUUCAGGCCAAAUUCUAAGAAGACAAAGAUCUCUUCAGCAGCUGACUAUUUUAGUAAAGGUAAUACUGACUCAGAGGAUAGUGAGCUACGAUUUGAUACUUGUCAGUUGUUAUGGAAACAGAUUAAAUGUGAAACAGAGCAACUACAAGAGGACUUGAAUAAAAAAUUGUUUGAUAACCUCAUAACAUUUCUGAGAAAAUCUCAUUCGGACUUCCGAGAGAAUAAAACAGAAUGGGCUUCUCAAAUGAAAUCUAGUGAAAUUCCUACUGCAGCUGUUGUUCUCGGUGUGAAUGUAACAGACCAUGACCUGACAUUUAAAAGCCUCUCUGAAGUUCUUCAUGAUGAUGUCACUCCUUUUGUAGUGUCACUGAGGUCCAAAGAGUGCCCAGGCAUAAAACACCUGCUGCAGAAGCUGACAGUUCAGCUGAUGGGCUGCCAUAUAGACGUGGACUCAUCUGAAGAAGAAGAACAUUCCAAGAUUUCCCCAAAUAGGAUACGUUGCUCAGUGGCAUCUCUUAUUGAUUGGUAUAGAAACAUAACCAAGGUGCACUAUGACUUGAAGAAAACUGAUACUGAAACUCCAUGCAAAAAAAGAAUGUUCUCAUCCAGACAUUUGCCGUCUCCUCCAGUUGUAGUUAUUUUCAAGGACAUGGAAAGUUUCACAACCAAAGUUCUGCAGGACUUCAUAAUUAUUAGCAGUCAUUGUAUACAUGAAUUCCCACUGGUACUUGUUUUUGGAAUUGCCACCUCUCCAAUGAUCAUCCACAAGUUACUCCCUCACUCAGUUUCCUCUUUGUUAUGCAUAGAGCUCUUCCAGUCUCUUUCCUGCAAAGAGCAUUUGACUAAAGCAAUUGACAAGCUACUUCUGACAAGCCAGUUUCCCUUUAAACUUAGUGAGAAAGUUCUGCAGGUGCUAAUCAACAUAUUUUUAUACCAUGAUUUCUCUGUUCAGAACUUCAUCAAGGGAUUUCAGCUAUCUCUUUUGGAGCAUUUUUAUUCCCACCCACUCAGUGUGCUCUGCUGUGAGCUCCAAGAAGCUAGGAAGAGAGUAAAAUGUUUAUCACACAGUCAGUGUGAAAAUAUUCGAAGACUGCCAUCUUUUAGAAGGUUUGUGGAAAGCCAAGUAUCAAACAAGCAGACUGUUCUGCUGACAGAUGACGAAUGUUUAAAGGAAACAACACAAGCAUUGCUGCAAGACCUGGAUACUUACCAUGAAAACUAUUUUCCAAUUUUGCGGUGUCUUCACGCUUUCACAUCUUCUCUUCCAAAGUAUCCAUUAGGCAAACAAAUUACAGAGUUAUAUUGCACGUGUUUGGAAAAGAAAGUAUGGGAAACAGAAGAAUAUGAGUCAGCUAUUCAGCUGGUGAGGAUGUUGGCUAAGGAUGAGUUAGUGGAGAUUCUUGAAAAAUGUGUGGAGAUCGUUGCAUCCUCUCCUGUAAAAGAUGUUGGAAUCCCUUCAGAGAAAUUAGAGCAGUACCUGGACCGAUUUAGAAAUCUUGAAGCAGAAGCCACUGAUGAUCAGGAAGAGUCCAUAUCCUCACUAAAAGAGCUUCAGAAAAAGACGGAUCUUUAUCAUCUUCAAAAGACUCUGCUGGAGAUGAAGGAGUCAAGAAGGCUUAAGAAACUAACAAAGUUUGAAAUGCUUCGUUUUGAAGUUGUUGACUUCAUAGAUGGCCUUGUAAGAAAUUACCUUGUACCUCCAGAGUUGCAGACACUGCAUGAGGUGAUGUAUUUCAGUGCAGCUGAUACCCUCCGUGAACAUUUAAAUGCUGCCCCACGUGUUGCUCUUCACACUGCUCUCAACAAUCCAUAUUUCUACCUGAAGAAUGAAUCCUUGAAAACCGAUGCAGGAUGCAUUUCUAAUACAGCUCCUGAUAUUUGCAUAGCAUACAAGCUUCAUUUGGAGUGUGGCAGAUUAAUUAACCUUGUUGACUGGUUAGAGGCUUUUUCAACAGUUGUAACUGCAGCUGAAAAUCCAAAUUCCACAGUCAAGGAUGAGAUAGAUGAUGCUAUCCACGCACGUUUCAUUAGGGCAGUCUCAGAAUUGGAAUUAUUGGGAUUCAUAAAGCCUUCCAAACAGAAAACUGAUCAUGUGGCAAGACUGACAUGGGGCAGCUGCUAGUAUGCAUUCUAGUGAGAAAGGAAGAAAAUGCUUUAAACAAGAUUGUGUAUGCUAUGAACAACAUGAGAAAUGCUAUUUUGUCACUAUAAAACUCUUUACAAACAGAUAA